AUCAUCAUGAUCACAAAAUGAGCCGGCUGCUUUGUAAACUUUGCUAAACGUUUGGUGUUUGGUGUGUUUUUCUUUUCCGUUGUCUUUUCUUGUAAAGCUCUGUAGCCAGUGGUACUGACACCAUUUGCAAUAUGUACUUCACAAGCGUAUCCUGUUAGAAUGCAUAGUCGUUCAUUUUUUUUUUUUUUUUCGGAUUUUGUAGAACCACAAGUCGUGAGAGUAACGGAGUUCAAAAGCGGUGACAGUCAAGAUGUGAACGAUUGUCUCGGCUAGCACGGCGCUUGUGACAUCCGAGAAACUUUCUACAGUUCAACAUGCCGACGGUCAUCCUGCUAGAUGUGUCGCUGUCCAUGUGUCGACCCGUUGCGACACCCGACAGCCCGGAAUCGCUCCAACUGCGGCAACUGGCCGUGCAUGGCAUCAAUGCUUUCCUCGAUCACAUGGCACAGCAUUGUAAACUGGAAUUUUGUGCAUUGGUGGUGUUCUCAUCACUUUGGGAGCUGGUGGUGCCAUUCACACGUGACACUGAGAGCAUCAAGGCAGCCUUGGUGCAGAUGGAGUGCCACGAUCGCACAGACCUCAACCUUGGUUUGCAGGGAGCACGGCAAGUGCUCCUUGAUGAAUGGGGAUCUGCAAUGCCAGCACAGGUGAUCCUUGUCACCGAUGGUGCCCUUAGUGGCUGGCGGGGAUCAGAGGAUGCCGGCUUGGGACGGUUACACGCUGUCUGCUUGCACCCUGCAACUGGCGCACCACCCCCAGCUCUUGGUCCGCUGGGACGCCUAGCUCAGCGAACGGGCGGCCGUCUGUUCCUGCCCGAAGGAGGCCUGUCAAUCCGUAAUGUGCAGCAAGCUUUUCUGAACUUGGCACAGGCACAGUAUGCACCUUUUCACGGCGUGCUGCGUUGCGGCCAGCUCUGGUCCAGUGUGAGCCUCUGUCCACCGCCGGAACCCCAGAAGAGGCCACAGGACUUUGGCUGGGCCCAGCCAUCAACAACCAUCCAGGUUUGCGGCUUUCUUGGGCUGCAACAGGUGGCUAAUCCACCGACUCUGUCCCGGCACUUGGUGCUGCCUGCACCUGGUCCUGAAGAGGCAAGACCCACUGAACCCAAGGAAGGAGGACGUACAGGUGAAGAAGAAGAAGACAGCGACGAAGGCAAGCAACCAUCAUUCUGUGUCUUGUUGCACGGGAGCCUCAAGGUUGAAGGCAUGGUGGCCCUAUGCCAGAUAGGACAGGACUGGUACGGCAUGCUCUACUCCUGGGCCGACAGCAAGAAGAAGUCAAAUCUUAUGCUGUCUACCUUUGAGCCAGGGCUUGAGGCAGUGCCGUGGCUUGGCAAGUUGGAUCAAUUGGGACCGCAGGCUCUGGCUCCUUUGGGGAGUGAAGCACUUCCUGUGAAGCCAAAUGACAAGCACAGCUACUCGCACAACUCGGUCGUGUGGAUCCGCCAGUCUGACCUGCAGGCAGACAUCCAGAAGAUUCUGCGGCACGCCAGGAAGCUGCCAGAAAAGACAGCAAACUUCUAUAAGGAACUGAACCGACUGCGGCGCGCUGCACUCUCGCUUGGAUUCCACGAGCUUUUGGAAGGCAUGGCCACAAUUCUAGAGCGAGAGUGCACACUGCUGCCAGGCUCGGCUCAUCCGGAUGCUGCCCUGCAGCUGAGCCAUGCGUCGUCAUUCUUGAGGGGCCCCAGCUGCAAAGAUUACACAGCAGCAUUGACACCUCUGCGAACCAAGUUCUCAUCUCAAGACUGAUGAACGAAAAGUACUGUAGAGAGACAUUCGUAUGGGUGAAGGGGUCUGUGAUGCCCACGUCACUCAUGCACUUUCAGUGACAAUUGAAACAAGUGACCUCCUGUUAUUUAACUCAAGAAAGAUUUUCCUCAGCAGAGCCACUGGUUGUUUGUUUCAGUAGUCGCUGAAUGUAUAUAUGCGUAUGACACAGGUAUAAUACUGUAUGAAAGAGAGAGAGAGAAGCGUAGUGGGAAAGGCAGGGAGGUUAAUACUGUAUGAAGCACACCACAGUCCAAGUUGAAAAAGAUGCACGUAAAUCAAGCACUGUCUGUGGAACUCAUCACCUCGUAUGUAAAUUCCCUGUUCCAUGUCUUUCUUUUGCUGUAAUGUUAGUCCUUACACAGUUCAACAGAGAACUCAUAAAUACAUGAUAGGCACUUUGUGUCAUACCAUUUAUACUUAGGUGUAAGACCUCCCCAUAGUCGUUGCCGAAGUGCACAUGCCUAUGUGUGAUGAAGGCUUAAUCAAGUCGGAACUAUUAUAAAAUACUGCAAGUGUCUCAAGACAAACAGAAGCACUGCUACAACCUUCGUCACCGCGAUGUUCAUGUUUCGCCCAGCACCCUUGUGUUGCUUUUGUCACCAUCUCGUAAAGUUGGCCUUUAUGAAAAGCUACUGCCCUGUUACACCAGGCCAAUAUCGCGUACUCCGCCAAGUGACUGAUGUCACUUAUGAAAUGAAAUCAUUCUAGCCACGCCCACUACGUCCUCCACUGUGACAACCAGUGACAUUGUCCACGUCGCCAGACUCAAGCCGGAGGUUAGUAUUACGAUAUCGACAGAUGCUGAAGAGAUGAGCCGCCGAGAGAGAGACGAAGUGUCUGGGCUCCUGGCGCGAGCGAGGGUCUGCCUGGUGGUCUGACUGCAGUGUAAACACAGUGUAAAUAAUCUCUUUUGUCUGUGUCUUUCCACACAUAACAAUAUCUUCACUAAACCAAGAAAAGAGGAAGAAAUGAGGUGGGAAAGGCAGGGAGGUUAAUCAAAAGAGCUCCUGGUUGGCUACCCUACACUGGGGGAAGAGUAAGGGGCGAAAGAGAGACUGAAAGAAUAGCAAAGAACGAAAGCAUGCACACAAGAAAAUAUAUAGAGGGUGGGGAAUUGCUAAAUGAAGAAAAGUAUGUAUGGUAUUCUAUGAUAAAAUUUCAGGUCAAAAAAAAAAAAUUACACAUUACAUUGAAAGUGUUCUUAAGCUGUGCUUCUACUUGCAUACCAGAACCAGUAUUUGCUGAUAGUUGCCUUGUUGCUAGUUUGACUUCAGUGUUUUCAUAAGGCCACGGCACAACCUGCUGGUUGCCAGGUUAAGCCUCAAGGCCAACUGUAAUGAAAUUUUGGAGCAGGUAAAAAGGCUAAAUUAAGAUAAGUGUAGACAAUAAUGAGCUUUUGUGCAUGUUUGAAAUACGAGCUGAAGCGUCAUGAAAGCUUUCAAAAAUAGCCAUUUUUGAUCCUGUAGCUGAUUACCGCCUGCCAGAAGUGAUGCAUGACUUGAUGCAAGACUUGACUCACAGCACUUCGGCGUGACCUUUAAGAUAAGCCCAGACCACACGUAUGCUUGCUUUUGUUAGCGCUUCAAAAUGUGCAACCUGGAUUUGGCUACAAUCCAUUGGUCAUACUUGUGCAAGGUAAAUCUGGUCUGCACCACAUAGCACAACCAUACCGGAGCACACAAGUGCGCAAGCGUGUACUCCUACAGUUGUGCAUAGCUGUGUCUGCUACAUAGCACAGACACCGCAGUCACAGUGAAGUUCUGAGACGAUCCUGCUUGCACUUGAGGCACUCGGACAACCGCGCACUCUGAUUAAUCUUUGUGGGCGACCUAGCUCCAGGCGCUCGCAAUGCAAGCCAGCUCAAGCAUCCAGCACCUACGGCGUGCUGAAAACAUUUCGGAGGCGACAUGUUUGGAUUUACGUCAUAACGACAAAUCACCACAUGCAAGCAUUGUCUGCUCAGGUGCUAUUUAAAAGCUACUAAGAAGAUAACUAUACAAUUACCAGCCCUGCGGCUUUGCCAAGAUUGGUUCAGUAGUAUUUACUACUCAUUUAUAACAAAUUUAGCCGCAGUGAAAUUUAGUUGCUGUUGGCCUUUCACAAAGGAAGAAAAAAAUAAUCGGGUAGCCAGCACGUAAGUGUACGAUUGCAUGAAUGGUCAUUCGUACGUGGCAUGCUACCUAGAAAAGCCAAGGUUUAAGAAAUCGCUGCUUUGUCUGUAAACAAAACCAGCAAAGUUUCGAUAGUG